AUGGUCGUUAUAAGGAAUAUCAUAUGUGUCUAUUGUAAGGUAUUAUUAGAAGCACAGAAAGAAUUGGUGGACUACAAAGGACUCGGUAUAAGUGUUCUUGAAAUGAGCCAUCGGACCUCAGAUUUUGCAAAAAUUUUAAACACAGCUGAAAAUCUCAUGCGUGAAUUGCUAAAUAUACCAGAAAACUACAAAGUUAUUUUCCUCCAAGGAGGUGGAUCUGGUCAGUUCAGUGCAGUCCCACUUAAUCUUAUCGGCUUAAAGGAGGGAAGACAUGCAGAUUAUGUGGUUACUGGAGCUUGGUCAGCAAAAGCAGCUAAAGAAGCAGAGAAGUAUGCCAAAGUGAAUAUCGUUCAUCCAAAACUAGGAGCCUAUACAAACAUUCCCGACCCAAGCACUUGGAAUCUUAAUCCAGAUGCAUCUUAUGUCUAUUACUGUGCUAACGAGACUGUUCAUGGUGUGGAAUUUGACUUUGUUCCUGAUGUCAAAGGAGCAGUCUUGGUUUGUGAUAUGUCAUCAAAUUUCCUGUCCAGACCUGUGGAUGUUUCCAAGUUUGGUGUGAUUUUUGCUGGUGCUCAGAAGAAUGUUGGCUGUGCUGGAGUUACUGUUGUAAUAGUACGUGAGGACUUGCUUGGAUUUGCGCUGAAAGAAUGCCCUGUAGUACUGGAUUACAAAACACAAGCAAUGAAUGGCUCUUUGUAUAACACUCCACCAUGCUACAGUAUUUAUAUCAUGGGAUUGGUACUGGAAUGGAUAAAGAAUAAUGGCGGAGCUGCAGCUAUGGAUAAACUUAGCUUAAUCAAAUCGCGAAUGAUUUAUGAUAUUGUAGACAAAUCUAAUGGAUUCUAUGUAUGUCCAGUGGAGAAAAAGAACCGAAGCAGAAUGAAUGUCCCUUUCCAUAUUGGCAGUAUCAAGGGUGAUGAAGCACUGGAAAAGAAAUUUCUCGAGAAAGCUGUGGAACUUAACAUGAUAUCUCUGAAAGGGCAUCGAUCUGUGGGAGGAAUCCGUGCUUCUUUAUAUAACGCGGUGACUGUGGAAGAUGUUCAGAAGCUUGUAACAUUCAUGAGAAGCUUCAUGCAGAUGCAUCAGUCAUAAAUGCCCAUGGGCUAGAGCCAUGUUGCACAUUUAUGAAAUAAAAGCUGAAGUGUUUGAAAGUUACUGUGGUACUGCACAGCUAUAGCACACAAGUUAUAUUUUCUUUUAGUUCCUGUAGCUAUUUUAGUUUAACUGCAUGGGACUGAGGCCCAGUCUUGCAAUGACUUGGCAGCCUUGGCUUCACCAAAGGCAAGAUGCCCAGACUGAUCAAGACUGGUUCUGAAAUUUGCAAAGCGCUAUUCUUAAUGUGUAGGUAAAAUGUGAGUAGCACUGUGCGAUGCUAUGGAUCUGAGU